GAUACCUUUUCACCAUCUGAUGAGGAUUAUGGCUGUCGGGCUGCGGGUAAGUGACUGAAGUGGAAGGGCGCUCGCACAGUGUGCUUGGGGCAUGGGGAUCGAUACCCUACUUCUCCACAGCUUUUAGAAUUCUGUUUGGAACCGUCGUUGUGUCCGUUGCGAGGAGGGAAUCAAAGAUGAAACCCAGAGUUUAAUUCAGGGUCGCCUCGCGUCUCACCGAUGCAGAUAAGCUCAUGAGUAUUCCCGCGGAACGCUCCAAGUUCAAGUGACAUACACCGGAUCGGUUCCCAUAUAGGUGUAUAGAACAGCAUAGCACUUGUGCAGAGCCCUUAUAGACAAAAAAAACAACAUCGCAUUAAUCGAGACAGCGAGGAGGAUCUUCACUGGCACUGAUGAGGAGGAGGAGGAGAAGAAGAAGAAGAAGGGCAGCCGAAUUCUCCGACUCAUCCAUUGCCACCUGAUUCCCGAUCGUCACUGUAAUCGCCAAUUGUGCUUGUCUUCUCGUGUGUAGUGUUUGUGUAUGUUUGUGUGUGUGUGUGUGUGUUUUAUUUUGUCCCUGUUGGCCCAGUAGGACGGGUGCAUCCUGACUCAGGUGGAUUGAGAAUCCAUUGCGAUCAUUCAAUCCCAUUUCUCUCUUUGCCGCUCACACUUGGACGAGGGGAUGGAUGGCUUCCUGUGGUGCUUUGCAGCAGCUGGAGUGGGUGAUCACGCACACCAGUCUCGCUGGAUUAAAGAGUGCAUGCGGGAGUGAGGCGGGCUUUGGGGAGCUUUGAAGCAGAAGACGAGUUACCACCUCACCUACGUAUCAGAGCUCGGCGUACCCAGCUUCUGGCCAGCGUUUUCUCCUUCUGCAACGGGAACUGGAUGUAUACUCCUGUCUUUCAAUUGAAACUUUUUCUUCGUCCAGCAUGGUAUAGCCGAAGGUUUGGCACAAGAAUAUAGUUCCUAGAGGUUUAUCAGUGGUGCGGCGUAAUCAAUGGAACUAGCUUGUACGAACCUUGCUCGCAGUCAUCUUCCGCAUUCGCCCAUCUCAUCGAACCUUUGCAGUGGUUUGUGCAAUGCACGAAUCUUGUCUGUGACUUUGUCUUCAAGAGCGUCUUUGCCACUCUCAUCAUCUGCCGUGGCUACAUCGGUGCAGACUUUCCACGUAGGCAAGUAUGUCUUUCCUGUUAGCAGCUGCUCCCCAAGGCCUGAAUGCGAGCUUAACCAAGGCUUGAAUGGGAGAAGGAUUGAAUGAUGGUGAUAAUGAGUUUGGCGCUGAAGGAGAAGAUGAGAGGAAUGAUGUCUCCAGUGAUCUCCCCCAGGAAAAUGGUACUAACAAUGAUUUUCCAAGUCCCCGAUCAGACCAAACAGUCGUUAGAGCGGGUUCACUGGAGUCUGAGCUGUUCAUAUACACGGGUCGGAUGAGAGCUCUACAUAUCUUCAGGGCAGAAGAGUCAAAGGCUGACGAAGAGAUCAACUUAAUCCGGGCUGCGACUUUUGUGGGUCAGCAUGCCUUGCUGAUUGUUCUUUUAUUAAUGAGGGAGAUUAUCUGCUUCUAGGAAUCAGGUACCCAAGAAUCAGUGCCGAAGAAGUCGAAACUCAGAUGGAUGAGAUGGCUGCUGCACUUGAACCUCAGCUACCGUCUACUGGUGGGCGGUACACAAUGCGAAUGAUCAAUACCAUCAAUAAGUACCUUUAUCAUGAACUAGGAUACAAGGGUGAAAUAAACUACCUUGAUCCUGAUAAUUCAUGUAUAAACAUGGUGUUAGAGAGCCGAGAAGGAUUACCGCUUACAAUGUCUUUGGUGUACAUGGAACUUGCUUAACGUGUGGGUUUACUAAUGCGAGGGGUGAAUUUACCUGCACAUUUCAUGUGUCGCUCAAUUGGUGAUGGUCUGAAGUUCCUCAUCGAUGCACACGCAGAUGGCAAGAUCACUUUCCUGCAGGACGCUGAAGAGAGGUUAUCUGUAGUUUAUGGUGUGCUGGUGGAGAUCAAUCCUGAAUUCUUGAAGCACACAUCCAUCACUAAUCGAGUCUUCUUGCUACGCCUUCUAUCGAACUUGAAACGAAUGUAUUUUGAACGGAAAGAUCCCGUCAGCACACUAUGCAUCAUUGUUUACCUAAGAUUUUGCGACCAGGUGUCAUUCAAGAGGGAUUAUGGAAUAUGCUUGUAUCUUUUAAACCGUUUCUCAGAAGCAAUACCUUGUCUUGAUGCUUCAGGAAGCGCCUAUUGCAACCGACGCAGAGUCUAUGAGGUUACUUCUCACAAAAAUGCGACGAAACAAAUUGUCUUGAGGAAACGAUACUUUCUGGAAUAAUUCAGGUCGGAUCUGAAGACAUGUGGAUAGAGGUGGCUGAACUGUACAUUGCAGUUGAGCCAUCCCUGUAUAUUCAAGAUCAUAAAUCUGAAUUACAGUUUCUAAAACAGGUCUUUAUGUGGUCUCCAAGCACGAUGAUUUAUUCUGCUAUUCUUUGUUAUCUCGAGUCGUGCAAGUGCAAUGGAUAUUGGUUUUACAGUUGAA